ACCGUCACUGUCACUUUCAGUGUUGUUUUCACAUGUGAGUCCAACAUGGCGAGACUUCUGAGACCCAGCGUCCGGACCUUCAUCAGCUCUCAGCUCAGGAUGUCGUCAGACCAGCUGGGUGAGCUGGGCAAAGGUGCCGGAAAAGGUGGUGGAGGUGGAGGGUCCAUCAGAGAGGCUGGUGGAGCCAUGGGGAAAAAGCAGGCUGCUGAGGAGGAGAUGUACUUCAAGCGUAAAGAGAGGGAGCAGCUGGCCGCGUUGAGGCAGCACCACCAGGAAGAAAUUGACCACCACAAAAAGGAGAUCGAAAGACUGCAGUGUGAUAUCGACCGUCACAAGGGAAAGAUCAGGAAGCUGAAGCACGACGACUGACUUCCCCCUCGCUGACAGAGACACCUUAAGAAAUAACUGUUUGCUGCAUGCGCCGUCUCACCGGGCCUGACAUGAAUGUUCUGUUAAUGCUUGAAAGUUAUUGAAGCUGGUCAUUAAAUGAUUACUGUUUCAAUUGCACGUUGAGAUUUGAGUUGUAUUCCUUGGGAAACCUUAACACUGAAGCACUUCAUACGGCUACAUCAAUGCAUCUUGUGUGCUGUUUAAAUAAAUUUGAAAUGUAAACGUCA